AUGGAGCAGUUUCUUGUGAAGGUAUUGCCCAACGGCGAGUCGAUUCAGGGCAACGCGCACGACGUACGACACCGACUCCUCAAGUUCAACCCGAAGGAGAUGGAGCCAACACCGGAGGAGGAGCGCAGCGCCUCCCAAGGUUCGCGAGCACCGCGACCCCGGGCAGGGUUCCUGGCCCACCAGGCACUCCAGGACGAGCAAGGGGAGCUUUGGACGCAACAGGUUCCCGAGGCAGCGUGGUCGGCCCAGAAGGUAGACUACUGGAACCGCCCCGAGGCGGCCGUGGAAGUGAGCCUCGACCUACCAGAGAGCGCCCGAUCGUGGAAUCGAGCCGCCCAGAAUUUACAGGGCUACUUCAUUGGAGCCCUGAAACGCAGAGCCGUGGAAGUCUCAGAGAAGCGAUUGAGCCCUCAAGAACUGCAGCAGUUCAAGGAGGCCAAGGCCAUUGAAGUGAAAAACUUCAUAGCCGCCGAAGCGUUUCAGACUUUGCCCCCACCUCUACGACCUCAUCACAGCCAGGCGAUUGGCAUGAGAUGGAUCUUAACCUGGAAGCAGAAGGAG